AAAAGACAGUAACUGAUAAACUGGUAUCGUGAAGUCUCCCUGAACAGUCAUAAGGGAGAUAAUACAACCACCACAACUCAGACUGACAACAGACACAAGCUGUAAUCAUGAAAGUGACUGUAAAAAGUUGGACAGCUGUGGCUACAUGGAGAUGGGUUGCUAAUGAUGAGAAUUGUGGAAUAUGUAGGAUGGCUUUUGAUGGUUGUUGUCCAGACUGCAAGCUACCUGGAGAUGACUGUCCCUUAGUUUGGGGAGAAUGUUCCCACUGUUUCCAUAUCCAUUGUAUUAUGAAAUGGUUAAACUCCCAGCAGGUUAAUCAACUGUGUCCGAUGUGUCGACAGGAAUGGAAGUUCAAAGAAUGACCAUACCAGAUUUAGACAUGUGAUGAACUACAUUUAAGUUAUUAUAGACAAGAAAUGAUAUUUUGUUGUAUAGAAUUCACUCUAAAUCACACUGUACAGCAGUUACAUCAAACACAUUUUGAUGAAUUCAUUUUAAAACUAAUAUGUUUUACAUAUAAGAGGGGUGAUAGUACCUUUAUUGGGACCAUGGGAUGGGGUUUUCCUAAGCUUGGUAUUUCAGGAUUGACUCUUUGGGGAUUCAGGAAUUCUUUUUUCAAAUUUCCUCAGGAUUUCAUGUUUUUAAGCCCAGAAUUUCAGGAUCAGGACCCCUCCUAAUCCCGCUCCCUCUUAUAAUUGUGAAGAGAACUGAAAAAAAAUUUAAACCUGUGAUAUUACCUUAUUGUGUUCAAAGCUAGUGUAUGAUAUGUAUUGAUAGAAUAAUAAAUAUUCAGAUAUGUGGCA